UCUGCGAAGAGAAAGGGCAGCAAAAAGGGCGAUGAGGCCGAGGAAGAAUUUCCCCGACGCCACACCUUCAGCUAUGAAGUCCCGGACGAUCCUCUAGCCCCGGCAGCAGCACAAAAGACCUACACCAGCAAAUUCAGCUUCAGUUCCUACAGGCCGCCAGAUUUUAGUGACAAACCGCUGGAAUUCGGUACUGCCUUUGAGUUUUUUCCAGCUGAACCGGCCAAGGACUUCACGGAGGAUAGUGCACAGCCCGACCUCAUCCCCAAGGAGUACAAGUCUAUAUUCACCUUCGAGAGCGCUUUCCCGGACAGUGAGUUAUCCCCUGCCUCCUGUUUUGAUGAUGACAGUUCGACCAUCGAUUUCGAUUAUGUUCACCAUAUGCCCAAGAGCAGGGAUGAUGAAUGUAGUCACGUAUAA